AUGGACGCCAGCAAGGAAAGAAACAUCAGGAGAGAGGAGGAGGACUCGAUAAACCAGCCAUCCAAGUUCACAAGCUUGUUUCCAGAAUGGUUGAUUUGGUACAAGAAGCCGGAGUACAGGGACUUCAAGGAGUAUGCGACCGCCAUCCGGACUGGAAGGAGGCCCUUGAGUAGGGACGGGCGGGAUAAGAGUCCCAUCCCAGCACGAUUGAGUUUGGAGAGGGUUUUGAACAACCAGACCUGUUCACCAAUGUCCUUGUACGACUUUUACAUGUACCUCAAGUACAUUGAGUUCUCUCCUGAGAACCUUGAGUUCUUCGUCUGGUUCCGCAACUACGAAUCAUCAUAUGCAAAGACUGGAAGCCUCAACAACUUCCCUAUGGCCGAGAAGGAUAUCGACCAGUCGUCCUCAUCACGAGACAGCAUGGCAGACAGUGCUGUGGAUGCAGCGGGCAUGAAGAAGCUUCCCUCCAUCCAGAUGUCUGAGUUUGAGUGUGACCCCGAAGCAGCCAACGAUACCAUGACCAACAUUGUCAACCUCAUUGCCCCAGAAUCCGCCUGCAGACCCAACAGUAAAGUCGGCCCGAACGGUCGUGAUCGAAUCAAGUCCUGGGCCAAUGCCUGUGCAAAGCCCAUCGCCUCCAACAACGUUCCGGCCGUUCUCCCGAACCGCAUCGCUCCCAACUCAGCGUAUCGUGUCGAGCUCAACGCCGUUGUCAACACCUUCCUCGUCCCAGGAUCCGAGAAGGAGCUCAACAUCCCGCCUGCCAUCCGCGACGCGGCCCUCUUCAAUCUCCAGCACUCCUCCGACCCGGUUCACCUCAAGCCAAUCGCAGACCACGUCUACGGCCUGCUAAAGAACUGCUCGCACCGCAACUUUGUCCGACUCGGUGUCUCCAACGGGACUUUCGAGACGCUAUGCAUGGCAACCAGCGUCGGCAUCGCCCUCACCAUCGGCGGCUUCCUCUGCGUCCUUCUCAAAGCUUUCGUGCCCUUCAUGGGCGCCAACAGCCGGUGGAACGCCUUUGCCCCCUGGCCGAUGUGGUUCGUCGGCAUGUCUCUCAUCUUCUCCGGUCUCCGAGGCAGCUGCUUCUUCCUGUUGCUCUUCACCAGGCGUCAGCCCCUGCCCUGGGAACGCUUCGAUGACAGCGCCUCUCUUUUGUCGCAACGCUCUGGUAUCAUGAAGUUCGUGUCGCGGAUGAUGAUCUUUGACCGGAAGAUUCGCGUCAAGGAUAUUCAUCUGCGCAGGCUGCAACACAAGAUUGUCCUUCAGGCCAUGGUCGGCGGCGCGAUUUUUGCCAGUUUGAGUGUGUUGAUCUUCAUUUUCCUGCCAGUGUGGUCACAGACGGUGGUACACAGGAUGUGA